AUGUCGACCCAGACCACCGCACCCGCGCCCCGCCCCGCCGGCGGCAGUGGCAACGUCACCAAGCGCCUGCAAACGGAGCUGAUGCAGCUGAUGAUGUCGUCGACGCCGGGGAUCAGCGCGUUCCCCCGCGACGGCAACGACCUCCUGCACUGGACGGCAACGAUUAAUGGGCCCGAGGGCACGCCGUACGACGGGCUCAAGUUCAAGCUCUCGCUCGAGUUCCCCACAAACUACCCCAUGGUCGCCCCCACCGUGCUGUUCACUACCCCCAUGUUCCACCCCAACGUUGACAUGUCUGGAAGGAUCUGUUUGGAUAUUCUCAAGGUGCGCUACCACGCCGGGGAGAUGGAGAAAUGGUCUGCGGUCUACAACAUCCAGAGCAUCCUGCUGAGCUUGCAGUCGCUCCUGGGGGAGCCGAACAACAAGUCGCCGCUCAACGGCCAGGCCGCAGACCUGUGGGACAAGGACCCGGCUGAGUACAAGCGGCUGCUGAUGCUGCGUCAUCGCGAGGCCGAGGAGUAA